AUGAAGGGUGGACCUGUUACCGUAAAGACGACAUUGUCGGAGGAUUCCGAGAAUUGGGAGUUUGUUCGUGCCAAGGAUAACAAUCCAAGUUAUCACAUCUAUACGGCACCAGUUCAAACAAGUAACAGAGAUUACCGCAAAUACGCUGUUAUUCGUCUGAAUAAUGGUCUUGAAGCCGUGGUUAUUAACGAUAUCUACCUCGACACCUCAGCUGCUUGGAUGGAUGUCGCGAUAGGAAAGUUUAAUGACCCACUGCUGGGUGUCGUAUCCAAAAAAGACAUGGCCGGUACAGCCCACUUUUGCGAGCACUUGUUAGCGAUGGGCUCGGUGAACCAUCCUGAAGAAAACGCAUUCGAUGAGUAUCUUGCUUUGAACAACGGCUUCUAUAAUGCAUCGUCGGGUCCCUCCAACACCGAAUUUCACUUUGAAGUUGCUUCGGAUGCCCUAGAGGGCGCGCUCGAUCGCUUUUCCGCAUUCUUUUACUGUCCACGCUUCCAUAAAGGCUCGGCAUUGCGCGAGGUUGAGGCGGUUAAUUCCGAGUAUUCAGGAAAACUGCAGGACGAUAUGCGGAGACUAGAGUAUGUUGAAUAUUCACUUGCCCAUCCCUCCCAUCCUUUAAGAAAGUUCGGCACCGGAAACGAGGACACGCUUCUGGGGAAGUUUCUCACCUCGAGGGCAUCACCCCUGCGUCAUGAGUCUGACAAAAAUGAAAACAGAUGCAUGAGCGGAUCCCCGAGAAGAAACUCUGGUAGCGAGAUUCCCGAGGGGAGUGAUAGCUCCUUUAGUCGAAUUUCCUCGUUCGGAAAGCACGUGAAGGAUGAGCGAAAUUCAUGGAGUAUGAACAUCAGCGAGACUUCAUUGGGAAGCGUCGGGAGCCGUGUUAGUUUUCCUCCUACGAAGCAACUAACGGAGAAUGGUCGCGGCCAUAGAAGAUCUGUCAGCAACAGUUCCACUCAGAGUACAUAUUCCCCACCCCAGACACCUUCAGACUCAGAGAGUAGUCAUGUUAGUAGGCAAUUAAGCAGAUCCCCGAGUAAAACCGACUCACAAGCCGCCAAAGAGGAAGCAAAGAAAGUAGCUGCCCUGAAGGCCCGAGAGUAUUUGAAAAAGUGGUGGGAGAGGGAAUAUUGUGCAGAGAGGAUGAAGUUGGCAAUAGCUGGGAAUGAACCUCUUCACAAGAUGAUCGAUAUGGCCGUGAGAUUCUUCUCGCCAAUAAAGAGCAGAGGACAAUACCCAGCCGAUAUCUCCUCUUCUAAACAGCCAUACGGGAAGGAAGAACUUGGGAAAAUCGUUUAUGUUAAGACAAUCGGGAAAAUGUACAAAAUAAUUAUUGUCUUCCCCAUCUCCUGGCAGACACCUCUAUGGCGUGAAAAGCCAGCGUACUACGUGGUUCAUCUACUCGGUCACGAAGGUCCGAGUUCGCUACACGCGUACCUGAAAAAUAAGGGAUGGCUUUUGAGACUAGUUGCUGGACAAGCGACUUACGGCCCCGGAAUCAGUCUGCUCAAGCUGACCCUUGACUUGACGAAAGAAGGAUUGGAGAACCAUCGAGAAGUUAUAGUAACAUGCUUCAAGUUCAUCAACCUAUUACGCAAAUAUCAGAUCCCAGAGUGGGUACCGAGAGAACGGUGGUGGAUGGAAUGGUUGUCUUUCAAUUACGACCGGGAGCCAGAAGCACUGCUUCUGGUUGAAGACAUUGUCGGUUCAAUGAAGUAUCCAACACCGCGUGCUCUUCUUCUGAAUGGACCGUUACUGCCUUGGGAGUUGAACGAGAAGCUCAUCGGGGAUACAUUGGAGAAUCUGGAUGCUGAGAACUGUUACGUUAUUGUAGCGGCUCGUAAUCACGAUCAUAUUCCGACGGGAGAGACAUGGCACAAGGAACGAUGGUUUGGAGCCGAGUAUGUAAAGAAACAAUUUGACGCCAAGUUCAUUUCUGAGACUCGCAAAGGCAAUGAUAUACCUGAUCUUGCUUUGCCAGGACCAAAUCCAUUUAUUCCUAAGAACUUUGCCCUGUACGGUGUACAUGGUAAUAAACCGAAGCAACGACCCACGCUCAUUAUGCGUGCACCAAACAUAGAAGUGUGGCACAAUCGGAACGUUCGCUUUCGAGUACCACAUGUUUGGGUGCAUAUUGCAGCGCGAACGCCAGUUGCUGGAGCUACUACCCGAGCUAGAAUAUUGACCCAAAUGUUUGUAGCCCUUGUGGAGGAUGCAAUUCAUGGACAUGCAUUCUAUGCGGAGGUUGCUGGCCUGACAUGCAAACUGCUCAGUGCUACGCGCGGCUUUGAAAUGCAAUUUAAUGGUUUUAGUGACAAAUUACAUGAUCUUGUUCAGGCAGUUCUAGAGCAGAUGAAAUAUCUUAAGAUCCAGAAGGAUAGGUUGAAGAUUCUGAUGAAACAGGAACGACGAAUUUUGAAGGAUCGAUAUCUGGAGUAUCCAUGCGAUCUCUCUGAGUCUCACUUACUCUACCUUAUUGAAGAUGACUAUCUUAGCACAGAGGAGAGAUUGAAUGAGUUGAAAGAUAUUACGGUCGAGGAACUUUCCAAGCAUGUACAGCUGCUGCUGUCCAGACUAAACUUCGUAAUUCUAACAAAUUGUAAUCUAAGAAAGGAGGAUGCUCUCAAGCUUGCAUCCCUGGUCGAGAAAACAUUCGAGGCUAAAGCGAUCCCAAAAAACGAAGUCCCGAUGUUGCGUUCGCGGCUUCUUCCCAAAGGAUGCAAUUAUGUCUGGGAUUUACCUGUACUCAAUUCUAAGGAGGCCAAUUCGAGUGUAUUGUAUUACUGUUAUGUUGGCAAUCAGUCCAACCCCUGCACCCGCGUUAAAUGCCAUUUGAUCUCUCAAAUCUUGGACGAGUCGGCAUUUGAUAUUCUUCGAACGAAACAACAGCUUGGAUACAUAGUUUAUUCACGCACAGUAACGGACAUCGAGUUAAUUGGUUGGCGUCUAGUGAUAGAGUCUGAACUCGACACAAAAUAUCUGGAGUCGCGUAUUGAUGCCUUCUUGAUAUAUAUGCGCAAGGUUAUUCGGACCAUGUCCGACGAAAUGUUCGAAAGUCAUAAAAGAUCACUCCGAAGACAGUGGACGGAAAUGCCCAAAGGCAUGAUCGGAGAGACAGAAAGAUUCUGGUCUGCUAUUCAGGAUGGAUACUAUGAUUUUAAAGAAAACCAGAAAAAUGCAGAAUUGCUUCCAAGUAUAAAGUUGUGGGAUGUGCGUACGAUGUUCGAAAAGUUUUUCGACCCAUCAUCGGCAACACGCUCCAAAAUUUCAAUCCAUAUGAGAUCUCAGUUACCACCUAAAGUCCCUGAGCAUCAUGCCUCUCCGAAUGUUAGUAGGAAGGCAUCUCAGGAAUUCCUCCGCUUAUUACGCAAAGAACAUAUCUCUGUAAGGGAAGACGAAUACCACCAGGAGUGCGACGUCGAACCAACUUUGCAUGAAAUGUACAAAUACUUGAAGAAGACAUGUUUCAGCGAACUGCUCGACAGAGAUGACCGCAAAGUUAAGGGAACGUAUCAACAGCUGAGAAGUCUUGUGAAGGACCAUCCUGUAAAACCUGCCCUGGAGGUUAAACACGUUAAAGAUGGUACGAAGUUUAAGUGUGGUCUUGACCUUUCUGGGGUUGCAAUGUCAAUAGAGACAUUUGAAGAGGAGCACUAG